GUAAUUUCGUGUUAUCAUCAUCAUCGUCAUCAUCGGCACUUGCCCUGUCAGACAACGGUGAGGGCUGAAACUCCACGAGGUCUGCACUGACAGACAGAGCCGUAAUGUGAAGCAUGGCCGGGGAAGGUGAAAAGAAGCCAGUGCUGGAGAUGGUCCAGGCUGAUGGGGCUGAUGAGGGCUGUGUGACAUUUGUGCUGCAUGAUGAAGACCAUACCCUGGGCAACUCCCUCAGAUAUAUGAUCAUGAAGACUGUGGAUGUGGAGUUUUGCGGCUACACCAUUACCCAUCCAUCUGAGAGCAAGAUCAACUUUCGCAUUCAGACACGAGGGGGAGUUCCAGCUGCAGAGCCGCUGCGGAGGGGCCUGAAUGAGCUCAGUGAUGUUUGUCAACAUGUUCUCAACACCUUUCAGGCAAGAGUUAGUGAGUUCAAAGAGAGGCAGGAGCAACCCAUGGAAUGAAGAGCAUCAAAUAUCUGUGACUAUGAAGCUGUUAGAACUGUAAAAAUGUUAUCUUUAUAUUUCCCUUUUUAUAUAUCUACUAGUUAGUGUUAGCAAUUAGUGUUAGUUUGAUCAUGUCACAUUCAAACAUUUGUACAGUGUUUUUUGCAUUAUGUUGGAAUUGGUGUAUGAUGGAUCAUAAAUGUGUAUGAUAAAUGUGACUUUUGUUUGUCCUUAAUUUUUUGAACAAUUAGAAAAAUAAAUUUACAACAUUAAACUAAUUCGACAAAGA